GUCACAAGACGAAGAUGUCGUUGGCAACAUAUUGAUUGAGCUGAAGUAUAGUGCUGAAAUAUUGGGGCGUUUGCUCCUCGCAAUCCUGCCGGGGACGUCUGCGCAGGCGCACGCAUCGUUUACCAGGGAAACCAUUCACAGUUUCCCUCAAAAUGGGAGCGAAGAAAAAAAAUGAAAUAUCUAUCAUGGAGCCUAGAUUAUCUUACAUCCAAAUAUUUCGAUACGCGACAUGUCUGGAGAUCUUCGCGACCUUGAUGGGGGUGAUUUUUGGUGUCCUGAGCGGUGGGGGGGUGUGCUACAAUUUGGUGCAGUUCGGGGAGCUCAGCACUGCAUUCGUGGAGAGGACCAAAUACAGCGACCGGGAGUCCAGCUACCUGCCUCUCACAUCUCUCUUCGGUGGCGGGAAAAUUCUAAACAAUGCUUCGAAAGAGGAAAAUAUGGAUGCAUUGGUGGAUGACGGCAAAGCCAUGUGCAUCGGCAUGUUCAUAAGUAUUGCCAUCUCGCUCGUAUUUUGUAUGCUCUCCACGUGGCUUGUGAGCUGGAGCGCGCUGCGACAGAUUACAAGGAUCCGAAUGCUAUUUCUGACAUCAGUAUUUCGUCAAGACAUGGCAUGGUUCGACACUGAUUCAGGAUUCAACUUAGCAAGUAAAAUGACUGAUAACAUGAUGAAGCUCAAGGACGGGAUGGGUGAGAAGCUAUCGGUAGUGUCGAACCUGGUGGGCACGUCGAUCCUGUGCUUCUGCACCGCGCUGCCGCUGGGCUGGGAGCUUGCGUUGGCUUGCAUCACCGUCAUGCCAUUCUCUGUUACCGCCUCCGUAUUGCUGUCCAAUUACCAAACAUCAUCAACGAUCAGAGAAAUGGAGUCAUACAGCCAAGCGGGCAAGCAGGCCGAGGAAGUGCUGAAGUCAGUAAGGACCAUCGUGGCGUUCGCUGGGGAGAAGAAGGAAAUCGAUAAGUACAAGCAACUGCUGGAGCCGGCCGAGCGCUUCGGGCGUCGCAAGGGUUUGUACACGGGGCUGGGGAACGGCUUCAACUGGGUGCUCACGUACUCCCUCAACGCCAUCGGCCUCACUUACGGCACGCGCCUCGUGCUGCAAGACCUGGACAAGCCGUCUGACGAGAAAAAGUACUUAGUUGGCGUCGUAUUUAGUAUACUGUUCAGCAUAUACAUGGCAACUCAAUCUAUAACGCUAUGCGUGCCCCACAUAGAAGUGUUUGCUAGCGCCCGCGGUGCUGCGGCUAGCAUCUUCUCGCUGCUCGAGAGAAUGCCCAAGAUCGACAGCAUGGCCCAGCAGGGCCUCUCGCCUCGAAGGGUAAUCGGCGAGAUUACGCUUGAUGACGUCCAUUUCAGCUAUCCGUCGAGGCCCGAUGUCCAGGUUUUGAAAGGUUUCUCAAUCCAUGUAAAGCCUGGAGAAUGUGUCGCAUUAGUCGGGUCUUCUGGAUGUGGUAAAUCCACAAUACUACAACUACUUCAGCGAAUGUAUGACCCUCUUUCGGGAUCAGUAAAACUUGACGGGAAAGACUUGAAGAACCUGAAUCUUCGCUGGCUAAGGUCAUCUUUAGGCGUUGUUGGCCAGGAACCAGUACUGUUUCGUGGCACUAUUCACGAAAACAUAGCCAUUAGCUGUCCUGAGGCCACGCGGGAGGAAGUCCAGAGAGUGGCGGAGAUGGCUUAUGCUCACGAUUUCAUCACACUCUUACCUAAAGGCUAUGACACAGUGAUCGGAGAACGUGGCGCAUCCCUGUCCGGAGGUCAGAAGCAGCGGAUAGCAAUCGCCAGGUCUCUGCUGAGAGAACCAGCGGUACUGCUUCUUGAUGAAGCCACGUCGGCACUGGACCCUCAAUCCGAGAAGCAGGUCCAGGCAGCCCUCGAUCGAGCUAGUGUUGGGAGAACUACUAUCACUGUUUCGCACCGGUUGUCCACCAUUGUAAACGCCGAUCGUAUCAUCUGUAUGGAUCAAGGGCAAAUAGUGGAAUCUGGAACUCAUGGUGAUCUAAUGAAAGCUAAAGGUUUCUACUACAAUCUGGUGACCACCGGAAAUGAGAACCAAGAAACGGAAAUAAUCGAAUCGUUACCAGAAGAGACGGAACUAGAGGGGGAACAGCCGCCACUGGAAUCGCUUGCGCCGCGACUCGAUGUCAAGCGAAGAUCAGGGAGGAGGCUGCACAGGCAUCACUCCUUGAAAAGAGACUCGCACGACUGGAUGACCCCUCGAGGGUCCAUCAGCUCAGUGAUGUCCACCGGCCUCAGCAACUUCGUGUACAACGCAGAUUUCGACGAGGAAGAAGAGAAAGACGAAGAAGAAGACGUGAAACCUGUGAGCGACUGGCAGCUGAUGAAACUGAAUGCGCCGGAGUGGCUGUCAUUGACGAUCGGCUCCAUCGCUGCGUUUACCCAAGGCGCUUGCUUCCCAGUCUUCGCUUUGUUAUUCGGUUACGCUAGUGGGAUAUUUGUGAUGGACAACCGCGCGGACAUUAUCUACAUGGCCGAUCUAUACGCGGGCAUGUUCGUGGUGGUGGCUGCGGUAGCGGGCGUCAGCAUGUGUCUGCAGAGUGUGGCCUUCACCAACGCUGGCCUGAAGAUGACUUCAAGACUCCGUCAUCAGUAUUUCACUGCCCUCUUGAAACAGGAAAUCGGUUACUUUGACAAGGAAUCAAAUACAGUCGGGGCUCUGUGCACUCGUCUAAGCGGGGACACGGCGGAGGUGCAGGGCGCUACAGGGCUCCGCACCGGGCUCGUGAUGCAGGGCGUCAGUUCCGUCCUGGUGGGCUUCGUUAUGGCCAUAUGUUACAACUGGAAACUCACGCUUGUUGGGACAGCCUUCCUGCCUAUCAUGGUGGGUAGCAUCUGGUUGGAGGGCAUCGUGUCGCAGAAGUCGCAGACGGACGAGCGCAACGCCAUGGAAGCAGCCAACGCGAUCGCCACCGAGGCGGUCGUCAGCAUCCGCACUGUGCAAAGCUUGGGCAUAGAAGAAAUGUUCCUUCAGAAAUUCAAGUUAUCGCUACUAGACUCAUGCAAAGCGAUAAUUAAGAAAACAAGAUGGCGCGGGUUGGUGUUGGGUCUAGGGAUCUACGUGCCGUUCCUGUCGUACUGCAGCGCCACGGUGUACGGUGCCGUACUCGUCGCUCGCGAGGGGCUGGCUUACCAGACUGUCAUGCUUGUAAACGAGGCCAUAAUGUACGGAGCAUACAUGCUCGGCCAGUCGCUGGUGUACGCGCCCAGCUUCAACUCGGCGCGGUUCUGCGGCGCAAGGAUCCUGGCACUCAUCAACCGGACGCCCAAAGUUCGCACUGAGGACGGAGUGCGGGAUAAAAAAGAAUGGACGGCAACUGGAAAGUUCAGCUUCAAAGAUGUGGAGUUCAGCUACCCCACGCGACCGCACCUGCGCGUGCUCAAGGGUCUAGAUCUGAAGGCGGAUGCGGGGAAGACAAUCGCACUGGUUGGAGCCUCUGGCUGCGGCAAGUCCACAGUGCUGCAGCUGCUGCAAAGGUUCUACGACCCAGACGCGGGAUCUAUAGAGUUAGACGAACGCGACAUCCAUAGCGGUCUGACGCUGCCGCGGCUGCGCCGUCAGUUGGGCGUGGUUCAGCAGGAGCCAGUGUUGUUCGACCGCACGCUAGCGGAGAACAUCGCAUACGGCGACAACAACCGCAAGAUCUCCAUGCACGAAAUCAUCGCAGCUGCCAAGGCCGCCAAUAUUCACAGCUUCAUAUCAUCUCUGCCCAAGGGGUACGACACCAACUUGGGGUCUGGUGGUGCGCAAUUGUCUGGCGGUCAGAAACAGCGCGUGUGCAUUGCGCGUGCGUUGAUUCGAUCCCCGCGGCUCUUGUUACUGGACGAAGCUACUUCUGCUCUGGACGCUAACAGCGAGAGGGCGGUGACGGAAGCCUUAGAAAAAGCAGCUCAGGGCCGAACAUGCGUCACAAUCGCACAUCGCUUGUCUACUAUAAAAGAUGCUGACACCAUAUGUGUGGUCGAUAAAGGUAAAAUUGUGGAGCGUGGCACCCACUCUGAGCUGGUCAACAUGAAGGGCAUUUACUGGCGCAUGUGCAGAGGGCAACGUAUGGCAUGAACUGGAACAUGCGAACAGCCAACCCCUAGGAAAGCUAUUACCAAAUAUUUGCUAAUGUUCGGCAUUCACGUUCAUAUUUUUGUUACCUACAUGUUAUUUUUUUCUACUUCUAUUACGUAGGUUAAGUUGUACAAAUCUUAAUUAAAAGUAUAAGUACAUUUUAUAAUAUAAUGACGUCUAAUGUUACGCGUCAACACAAUGUAACGUGUUUAAACCAUAUAUAGAUCUAUUGAAAUUAAUCGUUAAAUAAAAAGUCAGGGACAGACAGUC